ACUUUCACAUGUGUAGUCUGAACGGAUCUCACAAGGUGUAACCGAUUUGUGUUUUAAGACGACGUUUACAUUUUUUUUGUAAGUAUAAUAUUUGUUUUUCAAACAGUUAUUUAUCCGUAAAAGUGAUGGCAAAAGGAGAAGGCGCCGAUCAAUAUUCCAACAAUAGUUUAUUAACGAAUAAACCGAUCAACCCAGAUGUGGUCAAAUUAGCUGGGAAGCGUGAGCAGUGCGACAGGUUGUCCAUAUGCAACAAGCUGUGCUACGCGGUGGGAGGAGCGCCCUAUCAGAUCACAGGCUGCGCGCUGGGCUUCUUCCUCCAGAUAUACCUACUGGAUGUGGCACAGUUGGACCCCUUCUAUGCGUCGAUCAUCCUGUUUGUGGGGAGGGCCUGGGAUGCUGUGACCGACCCGAUCAUAGGCUUCAUGGUCUCCCGUUCUCCCUGGACACGCUUCGGACGAAUGCUGCCAUGGAUCCUGUUCUCCACUCCUCUAGCUGUGGUCAGUUACUUCCUCAUCUGGUAUGUUCCUGUGAUUGAGAAUGGGAAGGUCAUCUGGUACCUGGUCUUCUACUGCCUCUUCCAGACCCUUCAGACAUGUUUCCAUGUGCCCUACUCAGCUCUCACCAUGUUCAUCAGUGAAGAUCAGAAGGAGAGGGACUCUGCCACUGCUUACAGAAUGACGGUGGAGGUUCUGGGUACUGUGAUUGGCACAGCCGUCCAGGGUCAGAUUGUGGGCAUGGCCAACCCCCCCUGUAUCCCCGUAGCCCCCGGCGACAAUGUAACAGAGGGCCUGAACUCCUCCCUGCUGCUGGGACAGGAAGUUAACACCACGGUCUUCUCUCCCGGUAUCACCCUGGACCAGACGAAAACGGCCUACAUGAUAGCUUCCGGCGCCAUCUGUUCCAUCUACGUGCUCUGUGCCGUGGUGCUGUUCUUCGGAGUCAAGGAGAAGAAAGAGUCGUCUCGCCCUCGGUCAGAGCUCAUGUCGUUCUGGCAGGGUAUCGGGCUGGUGAUGGGUCAUGGACCUUACGUCAGGCUGGUGAUGGGCUUCCUCUUCACCUCGCUGGCCUUCAUGCUCCUGGAAGGGAACUUUGCUCUGUUCUGCUGCUACACUCUGGGCUUUAGGAACGACUUCCAGAACAUUCUACUGGUCAUCAUGCUCGCUGCGAUGCUCACCAUACCUUUCUGGCAGUGGUUCCUCACCAAGUUUGGCAAGAAGAACGCCGUGUACAUCGGCACCUCGUCUGUGAUCCCCUUCAUGAUCCUGGUGGUGUGUGUGAAGAGUAAUCUCAUCAUCACCUACAUGGUGUCGUUCGCUGCCGGUGUCGGAGUCGCUGCUGCCUUCCUGUUGCCGUGGUCCAUGCUGCCAGAUGUAGUAGAUAACCCAGACUCUCGGGGUCACGAAGCCAUCUUUUAUUCCUUCUAUGUCUUCUUCACCAAAUUUGCCUCUGGAAUCUCCCUGGGGAUCUCCACUCUCAGCUUGGAUUUUGCAGGGUAUAUGACUCGAGGUUGCACCCAGCCUGAGAACGUGGAUAUAACCCUGAAGGUUCUGGUCUCCGCGGCGCCCAUAGGACUCAUUCUGAUUGGACUGGUCUUAUUCCGCUCUUAUCCAAUCGACGAAGAGAGGAGGCAGUGCAACAGGAAGCUUCUUCAGGAGCAACGGGAUAAUGAAGUAGACUCAGAAACGGACUCCACAGAACUGACCAACAUGGUGUAGAUUCUAGAACACUCAUGGACCACUGGGGUGACACGGUUGCUUGCACUAGGGUGGGGCUGACGAGGGCUGGACCUAUCACGACGGAGAUACUGCUACCAUCCAAUCACACUGCUGCUCACGUGUCUCAGAGCACAUGUCGUCAUGACGACGUGCCAUGGCAAGGAAUCCUAAAACGGAGUGACCUUCCUGGUUCAAUUCCCAGCCCACCUAAGCUGUGACAAACUCAGAAAUGGUUUUGGGUGCAGUCUCAAAAGAGCAACCGAUUUCAAAGUGCACUCAAUGGAGACUUAAUAGACUACUGUAAAACACAGCCUUUAGUUGUUGUCCAUGAAUGUUGCACAAAACCUUAAUGUGAUUUUUUUUUUUUUUUAAUGUAUGUGUGUAUUUUGCCAAUGUUGAAUAUUUCUGUCUUAACUUAAUCUAGCGUGGGUACUAGUUUCAAAAGCCCAAGACUUUUUAGAACAAUCUACUACUCCCCCCUCAAGUGUGAAACAUGAAACGACCAUCUUUCUAUGGUGAAGAUGACCGUCAACAAAAUGGCCCCUAUGGUUUGCUUUUUUUCUUCUCGUUUUACGUUUCGGUUAAAAAAAAUCACACCACAAAAAAGCCAGACUAAUUAUUUUGGUAGAGAGAGAGAGAGAGAGAUAUAGAACAUUUCUACAACACGUGUUUCUACAGACUUUAGUUUGGUACCGUUAUGUACAAAACAAGUCAGAACCCUUUCCAGAAUUGAAUGAUUCACAAUGUGAUUUUUUUUAAUUAUUAUUUUUAAGGUUUAAGACCUUGUCUACUAUUUGACAAUGGAGUUCUCUUGUCAUGGAUUCCAUUUUGUGUUUUACAAUGUUUCCUUCCUCACUUUUCAUUGGCUCAUUCAACAAGGGUGUAUUCACUAGGAUGCCAAGGGGAGGGACCUACCUGAAUUUGUCCAAUAGUAACUCCUUUUGUUGCAACACAUUUAGCUACGGUGGGCACCAAUGAAUACACCCCAGUAAUGCCCAGAAGAGAUUUGGUCCCAACUGCAACACUGUAGGUAACAGAGGUUUCAAAAACACUAGUUCUUAGUCUCACCAUUAAACCAGAACCACUAUAGCACAAUAAUUGUUAACCAAACUAUUUCUACACACCCUGUACAAUCUAUCAUGUAGUAAAGUUGUUGUUUUACAGCUCAUUAACUUAGUGUUGGGCAAACCCAUAACGACAGCUAGUACUAAUCUAGAAAGAUUAAAGUAUAUGAGUAAAAAUGUAUUUGUCAGAUUUAAGAGAAGUCCUUUCAGGUUGGUGUUGCGUUCUGAAUGUGUACUAAAAUGUUCUCACUUUGUGUAUUGAGCUCAAAACCUUUUCAUUUAAAAAAAAAAACAUUGGAUUCUCAACCUUGUCUCUUUACGAAGCAAUGGACAUGUCUUUUAAAGGAAAGGGAAAGAAUACGAAAGUCAAAGUAUUGGAAAAUGGAGUGAAGUCUUGAGUUUAAUGUAUUGAAAGUGUCUAGUGUCUAGCAUGUCACGUAUCUAAAGUUCCCUACGGGGGGGGGGGGGGACAAAGAUAUUUAUAACAGUACUGUGGACAAGAUAA